CCUGCUGGACGAUCCCCGUGGGACCACUGGCCUUGUAUAUAUCGACCAAUCGGCUCCUCCGUGGGGUAAAAUACCAGGACGGGCUACAACGGAGGAGCGCGCACAGCUCAGGGUUGCGCACAGUGAGGACGUAGCUUCGACAGUGGCGAGGCGAAGACGCGACCACACAGCUGUGAAGAUGCAGUGAGGGAGCUUCAAUUUCCCCGCUAAAUUAGGCUACAGCCGCGCGUCAGGGCAGCUACGCUAAAAUAACGUUGAAAAUGAACGUGAUCCAGGCUGGGCACGACGGCAGGAUGGACGAUGGCAGAGGCAGCCAGACCGACAACGGCGGCGGCUCCCCGAAGCUCCAGCAGUGCACUCAGCCUCCCAACAGCAGCAGCGGCAGCAGCCGGACCAAAGAUGCUAGAUACCAGCAGCAGCUCCAGCAGCAGAGGCAUCAUGGUGGGUCGAUGCUGAAACAACCAUCGCACAACGAGCCAGCCGACGUCGUGAGACGGGCGCUGGACUUCAAGUGCCAAGGCACCCAGUGCUACAAGGAUAAGAAGUAUCGAGAGGCGAUUGGCAAGUAUCACCGCGCUCUGCUGGAGAUGAAGGGGCUGUGCAGGGUGCUGGGGGAUCCGGACACCACCUCCAAGCCCCCGUCCUCCCUCCUGCCGACCGUCAGCAGCAAGUCCACCACGCUGACAGAUGAGCAGAAGGGGGCCAUGGAGAACGCAGAGCUGGAGUGUUACAACAGCUUGGCCGCCUGCCUAUUGCAAAUGGAGCUGGUGAACUAUGAGCGAGUGAAGGAGUACUGUCUGAAAGUGCUUCACAAGGAAGGGAAGAACUUCAAAGCUCUGUACCGAUCCGGUGUGGCCUAUUACCAUCUAGGAGACUUCCAGAAGGCCCUGUACUACCUGAAGGAGUCACACAAGCAGGAACCAUCAGACACCAACGUCAUCCGCUACAUCCAGCUGACAGAGAUGAAGAUUCGCCGGAAUGCCCAAAGGGACAAGAAAGAGGGGACAUAAGCAUUUGCUGUGUAAUGACUUCUCACCCUUCAGUAAUUUCAGCCCUACAGCGUGCCACCCAGACCCUCCACACCACGAGUCAGAGGUCUUGGUGUGACACAGUGUUUGUUUGCUUUUGCCUUGCACAGCAUCUGGUGGCCAAUUAUGUGAUUGAAUCUCGUCAUUGUGUGCUUGAAGCGUUAUUUUUUAAAAUGUACCUGAUAUUGAGUUUGUCUCCACGUUGCAAAAUUUAUCUGUUAUGAAUCCCAAGUAUUUUUUAACCUUUUCAAAUUGAUGCACUGCCAGUCCUAACACUGCACAUACAGGCCAACACCUGUGAUAGAGACAGAAACAACAAGGUCUGUAUAGUGAAUCCAGCAUGUCUGCGGUUGAGUGUAACUGUUAUUUAGCACGUGCCCUCGCACAAGAUGUCUUUUAAUUGGCCUGGAAAAAAUGAGGUACCAACCACCUACACUUCUGUUGCCAUACUUUAAUUUUGAAAGUACACAAAAGAUCAAGAUUUUUUUAUACUCUUGAUUACAUAUGACUUAAAGGUGCUUUCAGUAAGUAGGUUUUUACAAAAUGUGUAGGCAAGGACAUCAAGAGCACAUGGUCGCUAACUGCAGUGCUAACUUAAAAGACAUAUCACAAAAAUGUAAAUAGGCUACUUUAUAGAAAUGACAAAAAAUUUAAUGGAGAGGUGAGGUGUAUUUGUGUUUGUGAAUGCCAAAACAAAGAACUUCAUUCACAGCAUAUUCUGUAUCAACAAAUACUGUAUGUUUACUGCAAAGGUAUGCGUGUAAUAAAUGUGUCGUAAUUUUUGUUGUGC